AAUUUCAAUCUUUUGUGUUAGGUUUCGUUGAAUGUUGUAAAAAGAUCUCUUCAAUCCUUGGCAUUCAAUCUUGGAUCGCAUUUCAUUCUAAUGGAAUCGUCUCAUAAAGUCGAUACUAGAAAACCUACAAAUAUUUCCAAAGUAUCUUCUCAAGUACAAUAUUAUUAUUUUACCAAAAAGGACGCUAUUUUUCUGCUAGUAUUGACGCUGCUAUCGUUUCUCACAAGGUUUUACCGUUUGGAUGAACCACCUGCAGUGGUCUUUGAUGAGUUCCACUUUGGAAAAUUUGUCACUUGGUAUUUUACUGGAGAAUACUUUUUUGACAUUCACCCUCCUCUUGGAAAGCUCUUUUUAUAUUUAGGUGGCACUUUGGGAAAGUUCAAGACUGGGUUUCUUUUUGACGCCAUAGGAGCUGAAUAUGGAGAAACAAAGUUUUACGUCUUACGUUCUGUUUCAGGGUUAUUUGGAACGUUAAGCGUCCCUUUUAUGUAUUUGCUCUGUCGAGUGUUUGGCCUUUCAGUGGAAAGUUCCAUUCUGGGUUCUUCUCUUGUUCUCUUUGAUUUUAUGUCCUUGAUCGAAUCACGUCUGAUACUUGUAGACUCCCAGCUACAAUUUUUUUGCAUAGUUUCACUACUGAGUGCAUUUAUGUUGUGGAAUUCGUGUCCCAAAACGUGGUCUCGUAUGUUUUGGCUUAUAAUGACUGCAAUGCUUUCAGGCUUCGCAAUAAGCAUCAAGUGGACGGCUCUUGCUACUCCAGGAGCAAUAGCAAUUGCCUCUUUUUUUGGUCUUUUUCUCAUGUCGAGGCCUUUGGAUUUGUGGGAAUGUGCACUAGCGGGCCUUGUUGGUCUAAUUACUUACGUGAUUCCCUUCUAUAUUCAUUUUAGGAUGUUGCCUUUGAGUGGCACUGGAGAUGCCUUUAUGUCUGUGGAAUUUCAGAAAACUUUAAAAGGAAGUCCUUAUUAUGAUCCAAUUUUUCCUCCUGAAUCGUUUUGGAAGAAUUUUCUUUACUUGAACAAGGAAAUGCUAAGAGCAAAUAGUGCAAUCAAGGAAAGACAUCCUUGGGAGUCAAAAUGGUAUGAAUGGCCUCUUAAUCUGAGAGGACUGUUGUAUUAUACAGAAGAGUUGGAAAAUGGCUUAAGCAGACAAAUUUAUUUGAUUGGCAAUCCGGUCGUCAUGUAUGUUUGUAUAUUAUUUGCUCUGUCGUUUUUCUUCUGUUUAAUUUUCUACUGUCGAUAUCGCUAUUUGAUUUCAAAUGAUAUCGAACUGGCCAGAUUGCUAUCAAAAGGAAUGUUUCUAUUUUUAGCAUAUUCACUAAACUUGUUCCCAUAUAUAGCAGUUGAUCGGUCUGCUUUUCUUUAUCAUUACAUUCCUGGACUUUUAUAUGCUGAACUUUUAACAGCUCUCAUGAUCGACUCAUUUCCGAAGCAAGGACAAAAGUGGAUCGUAACUAUGAUAUUGCUCCUGGAACUUUUAGCAUUUCUAUAUUGGGCACCUUGGAUCUAUUGCAUUCCUUUAUCGGCUACACAACAUCAAAGGAGAAGGUGGCUGCCAAGGUGGAACUGAUGGGACAUUGUUACAACAUGUCGUGAAAUAAAAAAUGCUAUUGAAGAAUUUGGCGCGCUGAGAGAUAAAGAUGCAGUUGUGUCGACGUGAUGCACUGGAAUGCCAUUUGUUUUUAUUCCAUUUCUGAACGAAUAAAAAUAUGAGUCGCUCGAUGGAAAUAUCUAUAAAAGCAUCGGAAUCAGA